CCUAAAACCCUACUGUCUUUGAAAACCCUUGCAUUCAGUUUCAGAGACAGGAAGACAACAAUGGCCGAUUCCGAGCAGGAACGACGACAGAAUUCUACGAAGAGAAAGCUAAGGAGUACGGAAGAAGGACCAGGAGGCAGACCUUCCAAAGCGACUCGCAAAGAGAAGAGGAAAACAAAGGAAGCAACCGUAGAACAGAGAGAACCAAUCGAAAAGCUUGAAGAAUCGGCGGAGAAUCUCGAACAACCACUUGGAAAGCUUGAAGAUGGCCCUCCUUGGAGGAACCUACAAUUGGUUUUAUCCCUCCAGAACAAAAGUAUCGAUCUUCAAAGAAAGGUGGAACUAGCUGCUGAUUAUGUGAAGUUGAGAGUUAGUGAAGUAGGGGAUGACCAUACUGAAAGUCUGGAGGCGGUUAGCAUUUCAAGGGUAAUGGUUUUCCUCAACAAUUGGGUCCAGUCAUUGUUGAUUUCUUCUGAAAAGAAAAUUAGGGCCGAAGGGUAUAAAUUUCAGUCUGAAAUUAUUGGGUCUUGUUUGGAUUAUAGAUGCUGGGAGAUAUUCAAGUAUUGCUUGGAGGAGUCUAUGAAACUGCAUGUUUCAUUGAGCUUCUCGAGGGACUUCCUACGGGUUAUUCACUGCAUUGCAAGGGAUGCAUUAUCCAGGCUAAACGUGGAAGCAGUUUCGAACGGUGAGGAGUUUGAUUUCUACCGGAUUGUUCUGGAUUGCGUUUCAUUGGUAUUUUCAUCCCAUGGUGGGGUUUUAAAUGAAAAUUUGGACUUAUGGAUUUUGAUGGCUGGUACAGUCCUUGAGCUUGUCCAGAAAAUAAUUGAUCACGAUCUUGAUGGUUGUAAAAUGGGCCUCCUGGUCCUGGAGUUAUCAUACGGCGUGCUUGAGCCAUUUGUGAAGUUUCUGAGGAUCCACCCUAUUCGGAAAAAUGGUUUCCGUGAUUUUGUAGAUAAGCUCCUCGAGUCCCUGUUGCAUUUGUUGAGUGUGUCCCAUCUUCGCGUCAAUGGCAGUGGUCCAGGUUUGAUUCAAAACUUGAUGAAGCUUAUCAAAGAAAUAUUUUCUCAUGGCUUGUUCCACCCUCUACAUAUGGAUGGUUUUAUGAACUUACAAAGUACUGGCAAUUAUAAAGUGUUUGAGGAUGGGAAACCCGUAGACUCAGAAGUUAUCAUUAAAAGUUACCAUAGACACCUUUUUGAUAAGCUGGAAAAAGUUUUGGCAGGGAAGAAUAUAUUGGCAUUUAGUGGUGUAGGAGAGAUGUUUCACUUGUUUAUCAAUUGUGUUAAAAAUCAAAAGGGAGCUUCCGUUAGAGGAGGUUUGAGGUUUCUAGAAAACAAUGCUGUUGGUUAUAUGUCCAAAGACUAUUCUGAGAAUGAUAAUGUAGUUUUGGAGAAGCAUAAUUCCGCAAGUAUUUUGAAUGCAGACGCAAGAAAGUCACUCCUUGAUUUCUUUGUGCAAAUUAUGGAGCCCUUGUUGCAAGAGUUUGAUAUCUAUCUUCGAGCUGAUCUGGAUGUUGGAUCUGUGUUGUUGGAUGUUCACAGGGCACUUGGUUGUGCCAACAAAGUUCUUAGCAGCUUUAUGCAUGAAAAACUGUAUGUACGAACAGAGGAUGCCACUGAAGGAGCCUUUUUUAAUUUCCUGAAAGUUGUCUAUGACAAGGUGUUGUCAUUCUCUUCCAAAGUAAUGCAACUGUGGUCAUCAAUAGAUGAACUAAAUAAGAGAACAAAAAUUGGGUUGUUAAAUUCAAUAGCCAAGGACCUUGUUCUUGCUGUAUGUUACUUGGUAGAAAUUGAAUAUGACAUUGUUGGGAAUGAUUUGGAGAGCUUAUGGCUGAUGAUUUUCUCUUUUGCUACUCUUGACCUCUCUCUUUCAGAUGCAACAGCAGCUCAGCACACAUUAACUUCAGAGAUAGUUCACCUUGGAUGCCAGCUUGUUAAUCUUUAUAGUGAACUUCGCCAGGUUAACAAUGUGAUUUUUUCACUAUGUAAAAUGCUGAGGCAUUUGGUGUUGCCGGACAGUUUCAGAGAAUUGACUGGUUCAAAAUUUAUGUUUAGUGCACCUGCUUUUUAUGGAAAAUAUGGCAAAUCAUAUGCAGAAUCAGUGAGUAUGGUAUUAUGUUCAAAAGAUUUCAGGACUGCCAUUCAUAAUGCUAUUGUUGCCAUACCAGAAGGGCAAGUCAGUGGAUGCAUUCAACAGUUAAAAAUAGAUAUUUUGGAAUCCCUAGAAUGGAUUAAAGUUAGUUGUUCAUUAUGUGCUCAAAAUGAACUUGCGAAAUGGGACCCAGAUAGAAGCAAGCUGUGCUUUGAUCUGCAAGUGGAACUUCUGGGAAGAGGUUUAUCUGAUAUUCAUGCAUUAGUUUUGGAUUCACUAACUGUAACAGCAGGUAACAGUAAUCUGGUCAGAGUUUCAAUGAAGGAUCUGAUGGCAGUAUUACGCCUUAGCAUGAGUAACCUGGUUGCAUUGCACUCAAACAGUGUUAAUGAGUUCCUCUCAGAAAUUACAGGAACAGCUCCUAGUGAUAGUUACAAAAAUGAUUUUCCUUCCACUUACUGGUUUCUUCUGUUUUUCUUUCGCCAAUACAUGUCCUGUAGAAGCUUAUGCAGGCAAGUGCUUAGCCUUGUGCCUCCAGAUAUGGCAAGAAAAAUGCCAGCAGCGAUGACUGACUCUGUUACAGCAUACUCUGGCAAAGAUUGGCUGGAGAUGACUGAUUGGACAUGUGGGGGCUAUUUUUCAUGGAUUGUUGAACCUUCAGCUUCUCUUUUCACUGUUAUACAAUAUGUGUCAGAUACUUAUCUUAAGGACAAUACUGCGGAUUGUUCUCCUUUGAUUUAUAUAUUGAACUCAAUGGCUAUUCAGAGGCUUGUUGAUUUAAAUAGGCUGAUAAAGUGUUUUGAGUAUCUACUGCAAAGAAAUAACAAUCUAGUUCAUACCACGUUGCUGGAAGAUGCUGGUGCCUCUCCUUACAGUAAAAACAGCAAGAAGUUGAGAAAGUUUAUCUUGCGUUUGAAGCAAGAGGCAGCAGAUCUAACUAACUUCAUGAUGGGACACCUCCCAUUGCUAGCUAAACACCAAGUAUCUAUGUUCUCAUUAGAAGAUGCUACUAAUAAAAACUUAGAUGGCCAAUAUCUGUGUAAAUAUGAUGCAUGGGAUUUUUCUGUGGGUUCCUUAAAUGAAAAGUCAUUGCCUUCUGCACUUUGGUUGAUUAUUUGCCAAAAUAUUGAUGUCUGGUGUGCUCAUGCCACUAAAAAGAAAUUGAAGAUGUUUCUCUCACUAUUAAUCCAGAAUUCUCUAUUGCAUGAGGGAAGCAGUUGUGGUGACUUAGCGGAGCAGGAAACUAGUGAACCUGGCCAUGUAAAGAAUGUCACAACACGUCAAAUCUCAUUGGAACUUCUCAGACACACUGUUCUCUAUGAGCAAAGGUUUGUUCGCAGGCAUUUGGCAUCAAGAUUUUGCCAGACCUUGGAGAAGUCAGUCAUAGCCAUAUUUAAUAAUGCUGGCAAGGUUGAUUUGAAAUCAUCACCCAAUUGGUCAGAGUUCUUAAGCAUCCAUGACAAUUCAUCAGUGGUUGUUUCUGGCAAGAAACACGUUAUGGAUGACCAUGCUUCAGUGGCAGAACCAAUUUCUCCUUCAUCUAAGAGUGUGUCUAUUAAGCAUCACAAGGAACAGAAAUCCUUUCUUUCACCUGGUGUGGAGUUUGCAAAUUGUCAGACUUUGCUCAACUUUUUGUGUUGGAUUCCAAAAGGAUGUUUGAAUUCUAAAUCUUUGUCACUGUAUGCAACCUACAUUUUCAACACUGAGAGGCUAGUAGUCGGAAGCUUAUUGGAUUGCCAUGGUACUUUAUACUCGCAUAAUCUCUAUGAGCUCUUCAGAUUGUUUCUAUCUUGUCGCCGAGCCCUUAAAAGCCUAAUAAUGGGAUCCUGUGAAGAGAAGAUGGGCGCCAGUCAAUGCUCCCUCCCUGUGAUGUUCUGCCAGAGUUCAUUUCCUGUUUUAUGGCUUCUAAAAUCAUUGUUUUCUUGGAUUGUGCCUAAACGUGCAUUUUUGGGAGAUAUUUCUACCGAAAUGAAAGAUGUGAUAUUUUCAUUGAUGGAUCACACAUCAUAUGUUUUUUUAAUAUUAAGCAAAUAUCACUUUAUCCGUGCAGAGAAGCCCUAUGAAGAACAAAGAAAUGGUGCUGUCCAUGAUAAUAGCAGUUUUGUUGAUCUUGAUGCAUGUUUAGAUUCUAAUGAAGAUAUCCAUAUGUGGGAAACUUUGGGCCAUAUGGAUGAGAUUUUAAAGGAACAGACAAACAAUAUACUCAUCUUUCAAAGGGAGGCACUUUCUAAUGGAAAAGUGAGCGUGAGUCUUAGUGUUCCUGAACUCAUUAGCUUGUCUUCUAUCAUUUCUUGCUCUCAAGGUUUCUUAUGGGGCUUGGCUUCUGCCUUGGACCACAUAGAUUAUGGAAGCAGUAAUGUUAAAAAAAAAUUAUCAAGAUGGAAACACAAGUCUAUGGGUAACCUUAUCUGUUCCAUAGAUGCAUUAGCUGAGUAUGUAAAUUAUUUCAUAAGUAUGUUGGUUAUUAAGGAUGGCCAGUUGCCUGGUAGUUUCUCUGAUGAGCAAAUUCAUCCUAUAUCAGAUGGCAAUGAUGAUUUAGUGUCUUUGAAGUCGUCUUCAUUGAAAGGGUCUGGUGAAAGUGUUUCAAGAAAAAGGUUCCGCUCAAAAAUUGUGGGUCACUUGGACAGUAUUUUUGCCAAGUGUGAUUCAUUUGAGCUGUGUAGUUUAAAGAAGUCUUUGUUGCAAGGCUUUUUAAGAGGUGAAAAUCCUGAAGCAGCUUUUCUUCUUCGGCAGCUCUUUAUUGCUUCUUCUGCUCUUCUGAGGUUAAAUUUACAGAUAAAUUGUCCUUCCUUGUCAUUAAGCUCAGUGCCAAUUCUUAUAGGUAUUUCACAAGCCGUGUUAGUGGAGUUGGCUAACAUGGUUGCAGUACCAUCCUCAUUUUCUUUGAUUUGGUUGGAUGGUAUCAUUAAGUUUCUUGAAGAGCUUGGGAAUCAUUUUCCUUUAACCAAUCCUGAGUUGUCUAGAAAUGUUUAUAUCAAGCUGAUAGAAUUGCAUUUAAUGGCUAUAGGAAAAUGCAUUGCUUUACAGGGGAAAAAAGCUAGUUUAGCAUCUCAUGACACAGAAUCAAGUACCAAGACAUUAGAUGGCCAGAUGGGAUUAUCUGAAUCUGCUCUUUCCAGUUGGUCAUACUGCUUAGAUGAAGUUAAAGCCAGGUUGAGGAAAUCAUUUAAAGUUUUCAUCAAGAAACCAUUGGAGUUGCAUCUGCUGGCUGCAAUUCAGGCCUUGGAGGGUGCACUAGUUGGACUGAGGAUAGGCUGCACAACAAAUUAUGAGAUAUGUACUGGCAGUUCAAAUGCUGGGAAGGUUUCUUCAGUUGUUGCAGCUGGCAUUGACUGCAUGGACUUAGUUCUUGAAUUUGUUACAGGUCGCAAACAUUUGAAUGUUGUCAAAAGACACAUUCAAAGCUUAGUUGCCUGCCUGUUCAACAUCAUUCUGCAUUUGCAGGGUCCAUUGGUCUUCUAUGGGAAUAAAAUCUCAAAUAAAGGUAAUGCUUAUCCUGAUCCUGGAGCAGUAAUUCUUAUGUGCAUUGAAGUACUGACUAGAGUUUCUGGAAAACAUGCCAUCUACCAAUUAAGUUCCUUCCAUGUUGGACAAUCCUUGCGCAUACCAUCGGCACUGUUUCAAAAUCUUUUCUCUAUUAGAAUUUCAGAGGGGCCUUCUCUACCUAAUUCUCUGAGGUUCUUGGAUAAUCAAGAUACUGAGAUUGUAGAAGGCAAGGACUAUUGUGUCGUAGACCGACAGUUCUCUAUAGACCUGUUUGCUGCAUGUUGCCGGUUACUGAGUACUGUUCUUAAGCAUCAUAAAAGUGAGACUGAGCAGUGUAUUGUUCUUCUUGAAGAUUCAAUUUCUGUUCUUCUUCAUUGUUUAGAGAUGGUUGAUACUGCCACAGUGGUUAGAAAACAGUACUUUGCAUGGGAAGUACAAGAAGCUGUCAAAUGUGCUGCUUUUCUCCGGAGAAUUUAUGAAGAGAUGAGGCAGCAGAAGGAUGUAUUUGCCCGGCAUUGUUCUUUAUUUUUAUCUAAUUACAUAUGGACUUAUUCAGGCUAUGGUCCCCUUAGAACAGGCAUCAGAAGGGAAGUUGAUGAAGCUUUGAGACCUGGUAUCUAUGCUCUGAUAGAUGCUUGCUCAGCAGAUGAUCUUCAACAUCUUCAUACAGUAUUUGGGGAGGGUCCUUGCAGAAGCACUCUGGCAACUUUGCAACAUGACUAUAAGCUGAAAUUCCAAUAUGAAGGAAAAGUCUGAUCAAAGUCCCUCCCUUAGGUGGAUGCUCUUGGCAGAAACCAUUUUACUUCUGAUGGUAACAACACAGUCGCAUGUUGUACACCGUAUUCUGAUCACCCAAUCUUCGAAAGGCAAGCUGGAUGGUUAUGUAGAAUUAUUGGAACCGGCUAAGGCCAGCCCGACAUUAAGCAUUAAGGGGUAGAGCAAGGCCAUGCAUCACCAUGGAUGAGCCUGCAACCGAGCCUUCCAUCUUUAGUCGGGUAUAAGAAAUCCUCAUCCAGCUGUCAUGUUAGACAUCAUCCGGAGCUACACGAGUUGCAUGAGGACAUUCUUAUAUCGGGUUACUAGGAAUUUGCAGAUUUUUGCUGAUUUAGAAGACUAAACUCCUAACUAGCGGUGGGUAAGCUGUAUAUAUACAGAGUGUUGUUUAUGCGUUCAAUUCAACAAGAUUGUCUUAGCUUUUGGGAAAUUUUCCUUUUAAGUGCCCUAAUGCCUUCCCUGUUAGUUGUUUUUGUGGAUGACAUCAAUAGUACUCGGAUUGUUCCUGAAGUGAAAGCUAAGUAAGGAAUGAUUUUGUAUCUUUAA